AUGCGGGCUCAGCGACACGCGGCCAUGGAGCGCGAGCGGGCGGAAGUAGAGGAGCACCGAGAGAAAGCGCCUCAGCUGAGACGGCGGCGGCGGCGGCGGCGGCGGGAGGGCCUGACGCGCAGGGUGCGCUCCAACCUGCUGCAGCCGCCGAGUGCUGAGGAGUUUGCGGCGGGCGCAGCCAAGGGCUCGCAGCACCUGGCGGACAACCGGCUCAAGACCACCAAGUACACGCUUCUGUCCUUCCUGCCCAAGAACCUCUUCGAGCAGUUCCACCGCCUGGCUAACGUGUACUUCGUCUUCAUCGCGCUCCUCAACUUCGUGCCGGCGGUGAACGCCUUCCAGCCGGGCCUGGCGCUGGCGCCGGUGCUCUUCAUCCUGGCCGUCACAGCCUUCAAGGAUCUGUGGGAGGACUACAGCCGCCACCUUUCCGACCACGAGAUCAACCACCUGGGCUGCCUGGUCUACAGCAGGGAAGAAAAGAGGUACAUGAACAGGUACUGGAAGGAGCUUCAUGUGGGGGACUUUGUGCGUCUGCGCUGCAAUGAGAUCAUCCCCGCAGAUGUCCUGCUGCUCUCCUCCAGCAACCCUGAUGGGCUGUGCCACAUAGAGACUGCCAACCUGGAUGGGGAAACCAACCUGAAGCGGCGCCAGGUGGUACGCGGCUUCUCUGAAGUAGUCUCUGAAUUCAAUCCCUUGAUGUUCACCAGCAUAAUCGAGUGUGAGAAGCCGAAUAACGACUUGACUAAGUUUCGCGGUUGCAUCAUCCAUGAAAAUGGGGAAAAGGCUGCACUUCACAAGGAGAAUCUGCUGCUUCGUGGAUGCACCAUCCGAAACACUGAGGCAGUUGUGGGCAUAGUCAUCUAUGCAGGACAUGAAACCAAAGCUCUGCUCAACAACAAUGGGCCCCGCUACAAACGCAGUCAGCUGGAACGCCAGAUGAACUGUGACGUCCUCUGGUGUGUCUUCAUCCUUGUUUGCAUGUCUCUGAUCUCUGCUAUUGGACAUGGACUUUGGGUAUGGCGGUAUCAAGAGAAGAAAUCCUUGUUUGAUGUUCCUGAGUCUGAUGGCAAAGCUUUGUCCCCAAUCUUAGCUGCUGUUUACUCGUUUUUGACAAUGAUAAUCGUUCUCCAGGUUUUGAUCCCAAUUUCCUUGUAUGUUUCCAUUGAAAUUGUCAAAGUCUGUCAAGUGUACUUCAUUAACCAAGAUAUAGAGUUGUAUGAUGAAGAGACCGACUCACAGCUGCAGUGUCGAGCCCUGAACAUCACAGAAGAUUUAGGACAGAUACAGUAUAUCUUCUCGGAUAAAACGGGCACAUUAACUGAGAAUAAGAUGGUUUUCCGAAAAUGCACUGUAUCUGGAAUAGAAUAUUCUCAUGAUGCAAAUACCCAGCGCCUGGCCAUGUACCAGGAGGCAGACUCAGAAGAAGAGGAGGUGGUGCCUCGGAGUGCCUCCCUGUCCCUGCACAGCAGCAUCGGGGGCCAUCAGAGUAUGCGAGUCCCACACAGGGUCCAGAGCACCAGGUCGCACCGACGAACAGGAAGCUGGGCCGAGGCCAAGAGAGCCAAUGUGCUAUCUAGACACACAGCCUUCAGCAGCCCCAUGGAGAAAGACAUCAUUCCUGAUCCCAAGCUCUUUGAGAAGGUGAGCAAAUGUGACCAGUACCUGGCCACUGCGCGACACCAGGAACAUCUGCUAACCCAACUUCCACCUGAGCUCUCCGAUGUGUUUGACUUCUUCAUUGCUCUCACCAUCUGCAACACGGUGCUUGUCACAUCCCCUGACCAGCCACGGCAGAAGGUGAGUGUGCAGUUAGAGCUCAAGUCCCCUGUGAAGACAAUCGAGGACUUUCUCCGCAGGUUCACGCCCAGCCGCUUAGCCUUGGGCUGCAGCAGCAUCGGGAACCUGCCCACCAGCAGGUCAGCCAACAAGUCAGACUCCAACUUCAUGUCUUCUCUGUCUAGUGAUAGUGCUCUGCUCCAGCUAGAGCAGCGCCUGGGCCCGCCUGGGCCCGAUGUCACCGGCAACGGCAUUCGCAGCCAGGCAGCAGCGAGCUGGGCGCUGGGCUGUCAGGAGGAGCGCGAGCUGCGCUAUGAGGCCGAAAGCCCGGACGAGGCAGCGCUGGUGUACGCAGCGCGCGCCUACAACUGUGCGCUGGUGGACCGCCUGCCAGACCAGGUGUGCGUGGAGCUGCCGCAUCUAGGCAGGCUCACCUUUGAGCUGCUGCACACGCUCAGCUUUGACUCCAUCCGCAAAAGGAUGUCCGUGGUCAUCCGGCACCCGCUCACCGAUGAAAUCAACGUGUACACCAAAGGCGCCGACUCUGCGGUCAUGGAUCUCCUGAUUCCGUGCACCUCAGAUGACGCCAGAGGAAGGCAUCAAAAGAAAAUCCAGAGCAGAACUCAGAAAUACCUGAACCUCUAUGCAGUGGAGGGCCUCCGCACGUUGUGUAUAGCCAAGAGGGUCCUGAGUAAGGAAGAAUAUGCCUGCUGGUUACAGAGGCACAUGGAAGCAGAGUCCUCCUUGGACAACCGCGAGGAGCUUCUCUUCCAGUCAGCCCUGCGCCUGGAGACCAAUCUGCACCUCCUGGGUGCCACUGGGAUUGAAGAUCGCUUACAAGAGGGAGUCCCUGAGACCAUUGCAAAAUUGCGCCAAGCUGGCCUACAGAUUUGGGUUCUCACCGGUGACAAACAGGAAACAGCUGUAAACAUUGCUUAUGCCUGCAAACUGUUGGACCAGGAUGAGGAGGUCAUCACCUUCAAUGCUGAGUCCCAGGAAGCCUGUGCCGCCCUGUUGAACCAGUGUCUACAAUAUGUACAAUCCAGAGACUCCGGCAGCACUCCAGAGAAGAUCUCGGGGAACGUCAGCGAGACCUUCUCCCCACUCUGCCAACUCUCCGUGCCACCCACCUCUGGCCCCAGACCUAGCCUUGUGAUAGAUGGGAGGAGUCUGGCCUAUGCUCUGGAGAAGAGCCUGGAAGACAAGUUCCUCUUCCUGGCCAAGCAGUGCCGUUCAGUCCUGUGCUGCCGCUCAACACCCUUACAGAAGAGCAUGAUGGUGAAGCUGGUCAGGAGCAAGCUCAAGGCCAUGACCUUGGCAAUAGGAGACGGAGCCAAUGAUGUCAGCAUGCUCCAAGUGGCAGAUGUGGGCGUUGGCAUCGCUGGUCAGGAAGGCAUGCAGGUGGUGAUGGCCAGUGACUUUGCAGUGCCGAGAUUCCGAUACCUGGAGAGACUCUUAAUUGUCCAUGGACAUUGGUGUUACUCUCGAAUCGCCAACAUGGUGCUGUACUUCUUCUACAAGAACACAAUGUUUGUGGGCCUCCUGUUUUGGUUCCAGUUUUACUGUGGCUUCUCUGCAUCUGCGAUGAUUGACCAAUGGUAUCUCAUCUUCUUUAACCUGCUCUUCUCCUCACUUCCCCAGCUUGUGACUGGGGUACUGGACAAGGACGUGCCUGCCCACGUGCUGCUGGCUGAGCCACAGCUCUACAAGAGUGGCCAGAACAGAGAGGAAUACCGGCCACGAGCAUUCUGGAUAAACAUGGCUGACGCCACCUUUCAGAGCCUGGUUUGCUUUUUCAUUCCUUACUGGGCCUACUUUGACUCGGAUGCAGACAUGUUUACCUGGGGCACCCCCAUCACCACCGUUGCACUGCUCACCUUCCUGCUGCAUCUGAGCAUCGAAACCAAAACCUGGACCUGGUUCAACUGGAUAGCUUGUGGCUUCAGUAUCCUUUUAUUUUUCAUUGUGGCUUUGAUUUACAAUGCUUCUUGUGCAACGUGUUAUCCUCCGUCUAACCCCUAUUGGACUAUGCAAACAUUAAUGGGCGACCCUGUGUUUUACUUGACUUGUUUCAUAGCACCCGUGGCUGCCCUGCUGCCCAGAUUAUUUUUCAAAGCCCUUCAGGGGACCCUUUGUCCAACCCAACUUCAUUUGGGACGCCAGCUUGCGAAGAGGUACCCCAAGAAACCCAACACUCCCAAAGACGCCUUUGUUCAGGAGCAACUUCCAGUAGAACCCAGAAACAGCAGCAGCUCUCAAGCCCUCUGUCAGAAUGAUGACCCCCAAACCUCAGCCUCCCUGGAGGAAGUUCCAGUACAGGAAAAUCCCAGUGUGGUGUCUGCAAACAUGCUGCCCAAGACAUUGCCUUCCCAGGAGUACAGCCUGCUGGAGGGACUAAACAGCCAGGCCCCAGGAUCCUCCACGCCAAAGGAGGUUGCCCAGGAUGUGUGUACCCAGGACCCCAAGAUAAAACAAACCAGUGCGGUUGGGGCAGCUCCCCUGCCCUCCAUCUUCAAACUACCCAAUCUUAGCUCACUCAACUGGAUUUCCUCCCUGUCACUGGUCAGCGAACUGGGAAGUGUACUACAAUUCUCUCAGAGUACUUCCCAGGUGGAUAAGGAGAAUGGUGAGUUCCGGCCCAGACCUUCCCAGCCCACUGAAGACCUGAAGUCUCUUAGGGAACAGACCGCCAAAUCCGUCUAG